AUGGCUGCUUACUCGUCGAUCAUGGAGCAGGUUGCCCAGUUCGACGAUAUCACGUGGCCAGAGCUGAUGUCUCAUCUUGCCCGAGAAGACAAGAGCCACACCAAGGUUGGGGAAGAUGAGUUGCCGCUCGAGUACAGAUGCGAUGAUGUUGAAGUGGUGAACCCAGAUGCAAAUGUUCACAAGCUCUCGUUACUACGGAUCGAGGCGCGCCAUGCGCAGGGCUCAUCCACAGAAGCAAUACUAGCCGUGUCGGCUGCUCUUCGGCAAGCAGUUGCUGACACGCACCGCAUUUUGGAUGCCCAUGGCGCAAACACUUCCAUGAACCUCACCGCGCAUCACUUGCAGCAGACGUGGCAUGUGCCGUGUCGGCAGAUGGGCUGUGAUGCCUCCAACAUGCACGAUGUGUUCGUAGCAUCCCACAGGCAGACCAUGGCCCUGUUUCAGACAAAUGCUGUGGCACACAUGCGCCUGGAGAUCAAGCAGCGUGUCAAAAUGGACUUGCGGGUGCAGCGUUUCAUUGCGGAGCACGGGCACAAAGGUCAGUUCCCCUUCUUCCGACCGUCUCAAACUUCUUCGGACUCAGCUGCUUCUGCCUACGGUGAGAAGGGCCGGGAUGGCGUCAUAAGUGUGGUGCUUCCAACAAUGAAGGUGCUUGUAGACAGUGACGAAAGCCGGGCUCUUCGUCUUGUGGACUUGGAGCAGUUUGAGAAGAUCCGUCAACAGGUUGAGGAGGAGGCAACAGCCGACUCGCAUAGCGAAGCUCACGAUGAUGGGGAUCACGUGAAGGCUGCACUCCGCUCGCUUGAAGAUGAUGAGCAGGAGCAAGACGAGGAGGUGCAUCAUGAAGAAGAUGAGGAGGAACACGGUGACGAAGCCAUGUCCCCGGAGACUGACAGCGACGAGGAGGAGCCCGAACCAUUGCAGACCAAAGAUGCUCAUCAGCUUGCUCUGCUAAAAACCUCUGGAGAAAUUGCUGAAGUUGAAAUGGGGGAAGUGGAAGACGAGAGCAGUUGGGGUCGACGGCGAAGGCGGCGAAGACGCCGUCGCCGCAGAAGAAGAAGAAGACGCUGGUUGAGGCGCAGAAGAAGACGUUGGCUCAGGAAGGUCUGGCGCCGCGUGAAGCAGGCUGUGGUGAGGUGGGCGAAGAAAUUCUUCGAGUGCUUCGGACAGUAUUCAAAAUGGGACGCAGUGGGCUACACCAAGUCCUUCGGAGGCAACUUCGGCUUGAGUUUCGGAUUCUCCGGUGGUCACAGCGGCAGCAUCAAGGAGCUCAUCAGUGGCCGCAUGUUCAGCAGCGGUUGGGUAAGCAUCAACUUUGGCAUGGCCGUUGGCACCUCAGGUGAAUGGUGGUGGGGAGGUGUGGGCGUGAGUGGUGGCGUUUCAUGCUCUUCUGGGGUCACGUGCAGAUUGGGCGUCUCCGUCGGUGCCAUCGGAUGCGGCUGGUGGGACGUCGGGAUCAACCCUGUUUGCCCCUUCGAUCUCAGCACUUGGGGCAUCAAGUGCCAGGCAUCCAGGGGGGGCACCUUGUUGGUCACCUGCUGUGGCGUGGAUCUGGUCACCGGCAAGAACAACUGCCGAUAA